UUAGUCAAAUAUUGUUUUUGCCGGGAGCACCCACGGAAUUAUUUCCAGUGGUCCUCUCAUAUAAAUGCAACCCACGCAUAAAACCAAGACACAUCAUGGACCAAUUGCACGACCUGGCUAUGCAGACCCAAAUGCGCUUUCAUAGAGAUUCAAACAAAUAGCCAAACAAAGCUAUUGCAUUUCACAUCAGGGCAAUUAUAUAACGCGAAUCCGUGAUUUUUCUCGCAACAAACGCCUUGGACUUGCAAUACUAGGCUAUAUUUUCUAACAGACCGAGAUGGAUAAUCGUUAAACCGUAAAACCGAAAAUACCAUAGCCUACAAUGGAUUGGCUUUGAUUGGAGGUAGCAGAAGGCGAACUAAAAGUAGGCUACCCGCCAUUGGUAAAUAUGUCUAUAUUGAUUUACUUUAGGCUAUAGCCUACCUACAAAUAAACCAAUAAUCCUAAAAUUUGAAGGAAAUACAGUGGAAUAAAGCUGUGGAACUCCGACAGUUGUUGGUCUUUUCAGUGACCAGUGGGCGCUCACUGCAUAUCUGUUACAUUGCAUCUAUUAAAAUAAUCGCAAAAUGAAACCAUAUCUGGCACUUGUUACAGUAAUCCACUUUAUUAAUGGAUGAUGUAUCCAAACUCAGUGCACCACCACCAUAGCACAUAGCAUCUUCACACACCCAAAUUUGAUUGUGCCAUAUAAAUUAUUUCAGUAGCCUAACCUACUCGUCAUUUUUCUGCAUACGGACCAAAAGGCAAGGCACCUGCUUGUUUUUUUGCCCUGCUUUAUGAUAAACGAUUCUAAUGAUUUAUUGAUUCGCUUGAACAAAGGAACGAAAUAUUGUUGUAGGCUACCUGUACGGGAUAUCAACAUGGAAGGUAGGCUCCACAGACAAUAGGAGUAGGAUGUUACUAGCGUCGGCCGUGGUGGUAUGGGAAUGGCUGAACGAGCACGGGCGCUGGCGGCCUUACAGCUCGGCGGUCUCUCACCACAUCGAGGCAGUCAUCCGCAACGACCCACGGGGUGGUAGUGUUGUCUUAGGCCAGGUGGACACUCGCCUCUCGCCCUACAUCGUCGACUUGCAUUCCAUGCACCAGUUCCGACAAGAUACCGGUACCCUCCGACCGGUGCGCCGCAGCUUCUACGACCCCACAUCGGCGCCGGGUCAGGGCUGGCUGUGGGAGUGGGAGAACGACACAGGCUCGUGGACGGCCUACGACACGGAGGUGGGCAUCGCCAUCCAGGCGGCACGCGAUCGCCAGCAGCCCUGGCUGGACCUGGCACCGCUGGGCUUCUGCUACCUCAUCGACUUCCAGAGCAUGACCCAGAUCAACGGGCAGACGCAACGUUGCCGCCGCAUCCAGCGCCGCUCCGACCUGGCUUACCCACUGGUGUCGGGUCCCCUUCCCAAGUCACACCACGCCUGGGGGCCCGGCCCCGGGGGACUGUUGGGGGUGUCCGGAGUAGGCAUGGGGGUGGGGGUGAGCGGGAUGGGGAAUGGGAACGGUAGCGCCUACCCCAGCGGCGCCCUGCCAGCCUCCGCCAUUACCUCCCUGGGCCAGCCCUGUGCCUGUCAGCAAUGCAUGCUGCUCCUGAGCGUCAAGGCGGGUGCCAUGGCAACGGCCCACACCCUGGGCAGGAGGCCACCUCAGAACAAGCCUCCUAGCCCCAAAUUGGGUGGGGGUUACUCGGCCAUGGGGGGGUCCUACUCGCUGACCCUCCCCCGCCCCCCCUCCUCCAUGGGCAGGUCCCUGUCCCCCCACAGGACGUCCGUGGGUGGGGCUAGCGGUGGCUUGGGGGUUGGAGGGGGCGGUGGCUUCGCCCACUCGCUCUCCCUCCUGGGUUCGGCCACUGCUGCCCUGUCCCUCUCCUCUACCCGGCCCCCUCCCCCGCCUCUACCCCCCCUUCCGCCUCCUCCACCUCCUCCGCCCUCCUCCAUCGCCUCCAACAGUGCCACUCUUCCCCCCUCCUCUUCCUUCUCCAUGGCAUCCAUGGCUUCCUCUGCCCCUCCGUCGAUGCCCGCGCCACCCCCUCCUCCUCUAAUCUCCACAGCUGCUUCCUCCUGCACCCCCUCGCCCUCUGCCCGUGUCCUGGGGCCGGUGUCUUCAGCGGCGGCGGCCUGUGCCGCCCCCCUGCCUCCCCGUGCCAGCCUGGCUGGGCUGAGCCGGCCCGCCCUGCAGCGCAUCGCCAUGGCCCAGUCCAGAGCCCUUAUCGCCUCCGGAGUCCCAACGGUUCCUGUGAAGAACCUCAAUGGAUCCAGCCCUGUCCACCCUGCAUUGGCAGGUAUUACAGGGAUCCUGAUGAGCGCCGCAGGACUUCCUGUCUGUCUGACCCGCCCCCCCAAGCUGGUGCUCCACCCCCCGCCCGUCAGCAAGAGUGACAUCAAGCCCGUCCCCGGCCUCGGCCACUGCUGCCGCAAGACCACCAAGAAGCAGGCCCGCAAAGGCAAGACCCCUGAGGAAGUAGUGAAGAGGUACCUUCAGAAGGUCCGCAGCCCCCCAGAGGAGGAUUGCACUAUCUGCAUGGAGGCCCUGCCUGGGCCCUCUGGCUACAAAGGCCCCGGUGUUGGGGGCAUCCAGCGGGCAGAGUCGGUGGGUCGCCUGGCCCAGUGUGGGCACCAGUACCACCUACAGUGUCUGGUGGCCAUGUACAACAACGGCAACAAGGACGGCAGCCUUCAGUGCCCCACCUGCAAGACCAUCUACGGCGUGAAGACGGGCAACCAGCCGCCUGGCAAGAUGGAGUACCACGUUAUCCCCCAUUCGCUGCCCGGCCACCCCGACUGCAAGACCAUCCGCAUCAUCUACAACAUCCCACCAGGCAUCCAGGGCCCUGAGCACCCGAACUCAGGCAAGCCCUUCACCGCCCGGGGAUUCCCCCGACACUGCUACCUCCCUGACAGCGAGAAGGGACGCAAGGUACUGAGGCUGCUGCUUGUGGCGUGGGACCGCCGGCUCAUCUUCUCAGUGGGCACAUCCAGCACCACGGGCGAGUCGGACACAGUCAUCUGGAACGAGGUGCACCACAAGACGGAGUUCGGCUCCAACCUGACGGGCCACGGCUACCCCGACCCCGGCCACCUGGACAACGUUCUGGAGGAGCUUAAGGCCCAGGGGAUCACCGAGGAGGAGUGCCUACCCAGAGACUGAGCUAAAGACGGGCCGACAGGGAAACAGCAACAGAGAGACUUGUCUGACUCUGGAGGCCAGAGUUAAAACAAUGAACACACAGAGUCAGAGAGACAAAGGGAUGGAGAGGGAGAGUUAUAGACAUAUGAAUAUGUUUUAAAAAAGAGAAGUACAGAAAUGAACACAGAUGGUACAAUUGUGACACCCACAGAAACAGACAGCCUGAAAGACAGCAUACGAGAAAAAAUGAAUGAACCGAUGAACAGAUGAGCCAAGAAAAAUAAGCAACGGGACAUUAAACAAAUAGAGAAACAGACAAAUAGACUGUCUGGCUCUAGUUUCUAGGGACACUAGCUGAGAUACGACAUUAGAAACCCUCUGAACAGGUGGGCUGUGGGUCGGCACCGCUGCAUGGGUCAGUUGUAUGAUGGAAUGUUUUUGUUUUUUUAUUUCUGCUACAGUAAUGGGGCUGUCACAAAAUGUAAUUCAGUGAGAGGUUUGAGGCCACUGUGCUCAGUGUUGGACAGAAGCUGUCGUUUAUACCCUGAGAGUUCGACAAGAAUGUACUGAAUCUUAAUUGGUCCAUUUUAAUUCAAUGGUGUACCAGGUUUACCAGAGCGUCUGUAAGUGGUAGGAUGAGCACUAAAAAUGGGUAUUAAAGGGAAUAUGCUAAAUAGGGUAUUGAAUGUAAGAGGGUAAAAAGAGAAGGAAAGAGAGAAUAAAAGGCUUAAAGUAUUAGACCAUUGGCAGCAUAGUAAUACAUCUCUCGUUACAGAAAAUGUAACCUAACAUAGCAGGCGUAAAAUAAUCAUCUGAGCGGCGUUUCUUUCUUUCUGGUCCUGACAAGAAAAUAAAAAACUGCUGGGGGAUUUUCUCUUCUGAAUCUGCACUGUUGAACCAAAGACAGUUAGCUCUGUGAUGUCGCCUUGUUAACGUCCAAAAGCAGAAGUCCGGCUCUAUUUCCAUUUCCUAUGAAAAUUGGAUGCAUCCGGUUGUUUCCACCCCACUGAGGGUGCAGAAAACUUUACAGAGAACUUUCAAAAUAUCUCAAGUUUAUGACUGGAUAUGUGUGAGCAUGAGUGUUUACUGCCCUCUAGUGGUACUUAUUGAAAAUACAUUCCCUUUUCCUCUCUAGGUUCUUGUCGGUAUUUUAUUAAUUGCUGUACCAUUUUGAAAAUGCAUUGUUGUACAUUUUAAAUAGUUGAUAUAUAUAUUGGCUCAGUUGAGUUGAGUAUAAUUUUUACAUUCCAUUUUGUUCUUAAUUUUUAACAUUGUAUGUUGUCUAUUUGAUUGCCAGAGCAUUAUUUUCUAUAUGUGGCAUUGUAAGGAGAUGAGUCAAGCUUGAGUCUUCUCAGGAGGGCUCAUGGAUAUUAUGAGCCACAAUGAGUGUGUUUAAACGUUUUUACUGGACAUCGAUUUUAGACUCAUCCGUUGCCAAUCAGUAUAAAUGAUUGGGGAACCCUCUCGAUGGGGUGGGUGAGCCUAAAUGUACCAAAUAAGAGUCCUCCUCAGACCAUGGGUGCAUCUCAAUAGUCUUGUGUAGCUUCCUCUCCUAUUCUUUCACAUCAAUGCAGAUGAAGGAACAGGAAUGGAAAAAAGGCCACUUUGGACUAUUGAGAUGCACCCCAGAAGGAAUGAAGUCAGAUAUAAAGCUAUGAUUGGACCUGCCACCAGAGGUCAGAUUUGCACUGCACAGGGCAUACUCUCUUUUUUUCCUUCAGUCAAAAGGAAACAUGGAAAAGUUAGAUAUAACUUAAGGUCAAAACUAACAGUUAAAACUACUUUGGGUUUCAUUGUAUUUUCUUUGUUUUGGACACCAGCCUCAUUCAGCUCUGAGGAAAGUGAACCUUCUAUUGGUACGAGGUACAAUUUGAAAGAUUUGCUCUGUUGUCAAUCUAACCUGUGGUCAAACUGUCCAGUCGGUUUGUGUUAGGUCCAUGACGGACCUGCUUAUAAAGCGGUACUAUUGAAAAUAUUUAUCAGUAUGUGUUAACAUACAAUGUUAGGCCAACAUUUAUACUUUAUAUACUUUCUGUAUGCACUGGAUGUAUGUGUUAAUGUACACAACUUUACAUAAAAAUAUUUUUUAAGGUAAGAGUAUAACAUAACUGUACACUUAAUACCUCCUUUAUUUAAUGUGCUCUCUAUUUUUUAAUCGUUUGUAUCAAAUUAAGUUCAAACAAUUCAAAACCACUAUUUUUUCACUUAGAGGUAUUGUUUAGCCACAUUUAAAGCUGUGAGACUACAUGAAGCCUACAUACCCAUCACAGCCUAUAUACCCAUUCUACUUUGUGAGUAGGGGUACUGCAUUUAGUACGUCAUGUGACCUUGUAGCCCCUCCAAUGACUCCUGCAGCUGGAUUGGGAAAUGUAGGACUUUAUGUAGUCAGUCACGUUUUAUGUCAGUUCUUUUAAUGCUCAGUUUAAUACAUAUCAUUUUCUUUCCUAGGCACAUGUCCGUCAAUGGGAAUAAAACAAUGGUUGAAAGCUCAUUAACACUUUGUUUUUAAAAAACUGUUCAUAAAACCUCUGUAAAAGUUGUAAUGGCGAGAAUGAAUGACGUGGAGACAUCUAUGAUGGCAGAGAAAGUAGUAACAUGUAUAAAAAAAUUAAAAAACAGUAACAGUGGGACUAUUAAAUGAACAUGACUAUUAUGAUAACGGUGUUGGUAUCUUUUCAUGUGUGGGUGUGUGACAUUAAGGGUUUCCCUAUUGCCCGGGGCAAGUAAACUAAGCAGUUGGUCAAGGCGGGCAAUUAUUUUACUGAAACAACCAAACUGCAAGAAUUCCAGUAGCCUUAACCUGAUCUCUCUGGUUCCUCACCAUUGUUAAAGUGAAAGAUGGCCAAUUUAUGGUAUUUCUGCGUGUAAACAUGUUUGGGCAAGUGACCAUUUUCAGGCAACCAAAAAAUACUCCUGACUUGCCUGAUGGCAAAUGCCUUUCAGAAUACAGUAAUUCUUCA